CAGAACAGAGACAGCAUGAAACAUGAAGGCCAUCUGCUUCCUGAGACCCACCAAGGAGAAUGUGGAACAUCUGAUCCAGGAGCUGCGGAGGCCAAAGUACAGCGUGUACUUCAUCUACUUCAGUAACGUGAUCAGUAAGAGUGAGAUCAAAGCUCUGGCUGAGGCUGAUGAGCAGGAAGUGGUGGCUGAAGUCCAGGAGUUUUAUGGAGACUUCAUCGCUGUGAAUCCUCACCUGUUCUCCCUCAACCUGCAGGGAGUCGCCAGGGGCCGGAGCUGGGAGCCCUCCAUGUUGUCUCGGUGCACUCAGGGUCUGACCUCCGUCCUUCUCGCUCUGAAGAAAUGUCCGAUGAUCCGCUACCAGCUGUCCUCCGACAUGUCCAAGCGCCUCGCCGAGAGCGUCAAGCAAAUCAUCACCAAGGAGUACGAGCUGUUUGACUUCAGGAAGACCGAGGUUCCUCCUCUGCUGCUGAUCCUGGACCGCAGCGACGACGCCAUCACGCCGCUGCUCAACCAGUGGACGUACCAGGCGAUGGUCCACGAGCUUCUGGGUCUCAACAACAACCGGAUCGACCUCUCCAGGGUUCCGGGGAUCAGCAAGGACCUGAAGGAGGUGGUUCUGUCCGCCGAGAACGACGAGUUCUACGCCAACAACUUGUACCUGAACUUCGGAGAAAUCGGCACCAACAUUAAAAACCUGAUGGAAGAUUUCCAGAAGAAGAAACCGAAAGAACAACAAAAACUGGAAUCCAUCAGUGACAUGAAGGCCUUCGUAGAUAACUACCCUCAGUUUAAGAAGAUGUCUGGCACCGUGUCUAAACAUGUGACGGUGGUGGGUGAGUUGUCCCGUUUGGUGUCGGAGCGUCAGCUGAUGGAGGUCUCUGAGGUGGAGCAGGAGCUGUCCUGUCAGAACGACCACUCCAACGCCCAGCAGAGCGUCCGCCGGCUGCUACAGAAUCCUCGUCUGUCGGAGUUGGACGCCGUGCGCCUCGUGAUGCUCUACGCUCUGAGAUACGAACGCCACAGCAACAGCGUCCUGCCGGCGCUGAUGGACGAGUUGAGCCGGAGAGGCGUGUCGGAGCGCCACCGCCGGAUGGUGAAGUCGGUGGUGGAGUACGGCGGGAAGAGAGUCAGAGGAAGUGACCUCGUCACACCGACAGACGCCGUCGCCAUCACCAAACAGUUCUUCAAAGGCCUCAAGGGUGUAGAGAACGUGUACACUCAGCAUCAGCCUCUGAUUCAUGACACUCUGGAUCAGCUGAUCAAAGGUCGACUGAAGGACAGUCAGUUCCCUUACCUGGGGCCCAGCAGCCUGAGGGACAGGCCUCAGGACAUCAUGGUGUUUCUGAUUGGUGGAGCCACGUAUGAAGAAGCUCUGACCGUUUACAACCUGAACCGCAGCACACCUGGAGUCCGCAUCGUCCUGGGAGGAAGCAGCAUCCACAACACCAAGAGUUUCCUGGAGGAAGUGAUGGCGACGUCGGGUCCCAGCGGCGAAAGAGCACAAGGAGGCGGUCGCCAUAGCAACCGGCGCUGAGCGUCAACAAGAUCGGUCGCCGGGAGGUCGAUGGAGACGAAGACAACAUUCCCCGUUCUGUGUGUUUGUGUUUAAAGGAGCAGUUCCUCUUCAGUCAGCUGUCUGUGUGUUUAAAGUCAAACUGACUGGAUGUAAAUGUUUAACGUGAAAAUAAAAGAUA